UCGAAGAUCGCCCUUCCAUCUCGACACAGUCGCAGUUCUUCUCCAGGCAAUCAAUCUCUAAAAAACACCUCGACAUGAAGGUUUUCGUCUGCUUGCUGGCGGUGUGCAGUAUGGCCCAUGCGGGAUUCCUGGGCGGCGGCGGAAGUGCCGUUAGCUCCGGCUGGUCCUCGGGCGGCGGAGGAGGAUAUGGCGGUGGCUACAGCGGUGGCCACGGAGGAGGUGGCUACAGCGGAGGCGGUGGCUAUGGAGGCGGUGGCUAUGGAGGCGGUGGCUACAGUGGAGGCCAUGGAGGAGGCGGUGGCACCGUUAAGAUCAUCAAGGUGAUCACCGAUUCUGGAGCUGGCGGCGGCUACGGAGGCGGUGGCUACAGCGGAGGCCAUGGCGGUGGCUACGGAGGUGGCUCAUCCGGUGGCUACAGCGGAGGUCACGGCGGUGGCUGGUCCUCAGGUGGCUACAGCGGUGGUGGUGGAUAUGGCGGCGGCGGUGGCUACGGAAGCGGUGGCAACAUCAAGAUCAUCAAGGUCAUCUCCGAUUCCGGCUCGAGCGGCGGCUACGGUGGUGGCUAUGGAGGUGGUUCCGCCGGUGGCUACUCCUCCGGCGGCUACUCCUCCGGCGGCGGUUGGGCUCCUCAGGGCGGCUGGGCCCAGAGCAGUUGGUAAACGCUCUUCGUUGGUCAACGGAUGCUAUUUUGUUACUGUUUCUAACCGACCUUAAUUGUAAAUACUUCCCAACAUUAAUGAAUAAAUAAACAGAGUUGAGCCAUUCCACCAAAAAAAAAAAUAAUUGUCAAUUAACCCAGCAGCUAGAGAUUUUGAGAAGCGCUUAGAAGGGCGCGUUUUAAAUGAAAAUGUCAAGAUGCUAGCAAAAGCCAUUUGUAUUAC